CGCUCGGCGCUGCAGGCUGCCGCAGCGAUCUUCAGCCUUGCGUGUUUUUGGUGUAGCGGGUGUGAGGCUCCCGGCACGCGCUGUGGUCGUGUUCGCCUGAAAUGAAAGGAGGAAAGAUGGCCGCGGUGGUUUCCUUAUUGCUUUCGACUAUUUCCUCUCGAGAUGUCUUGACGACUUGAUCCACCGCACAUUGGCAGCGCACUCAGCCAUCCCAUUUCGAUACAGCCUCCCUCGCACAUCGCACAAACUCAGCUCCGCAACUGUGCGCGCGUCCGACCCACAUCCAUCCCGCUCCACACACGCCGCAGCAACCAUGGUCAUCCUUCGCGCGCCCUCCACGCUUCCCACGACCGAGCCGUCCCCCUCCAUCGCCCCGCCAACCCUGCAAUGGCUCUGCGGCCCUUGGAACGUCACGCACUCCACGCUGCCCAUGUGGAGGAAGAAUAAGAACGUGGUGAUUACCUAUACGCCCGUCCCGUCGACCUCCCCGCCGCAACUCGAUGACUUGGUCACGUACCAGCCUCUCUCCUCUGCGAAAACGAAGACUGUGCACGGUCUGGACAAGCCCUUUUCUGUGCCGGAUACCGCUGCGGCAGACGAGGGCGAGGCCGCAGCGAGUCUGGCGUACAGCUGGCGCGGCAAGGGCUGGCUCGUGAUUGCGAGUUCCAAGUGGGAGAUACUGGCGCAUGGAGAUGAGGAGGGUACGGGCAACUCGUACGUGGUCACGUUCUUCGCGAAGACGCUGUUCACGCCUGCUGGCGUGGAUGUGUAUUCCAGGAAGGGUGCGCUGAGGGCUGAGACGGUGGAGACGAUCAAGGCGGGGCUGGCAGGGUUGGGUGGGCAGGUUGCGGGGUUGGCAAAGGAGAUGUUUGAGAUUGCGAUGGAUGAGGAGAGGAAGUGAGAGUGGAAAGGUGGAUUGGAUUGGAUUGGAUUUAACUGGCAUAGAUGAUACCCCUUCUUGUUGCUGGAUAUACACACUGGACGUUGAAGGUCCCUAGUACACACCGCCAUAACCAUAAUGUCUAUAAACAUGCUUUCUAUUGAUUACGAUCAACUUCAUCACGAG